CCUCGGAAAUGUGUGAGCGUAAUCUUCUCAGUUCUGGCUAUGUUGGCUCUCUUUUGAAUUUCCCUAACCCGGACUCCUUUUAUUUUCCAAAUUUACGGGGAAAUGGAGCUCAGCUAACAGGGCUUCCCCCGAUUUCUUACACCCGGAGUGAGGUGUGCUCGCUCCCGUGGACUCCCCCAAGUUCUUGCACCUCUCCGCCACAGAGCCGCGCCUUCAGUGGCUACUCUCAACCUUUUUUGACCAAUUCUGUACCACUAAGUUUUAACCCUAACAACCACAACAAAGGAUCAUUGGAAGACACCGGUAAAUACUACUUCCAGAACGCAAGCCUCAAACCAGAGGAACCGUGUAGACGAUCUCCAUCUUUCUCAAGCGAGCACGGACUUAAUUCUGCCAACGCCAGCUCCGACAAAUAUGAUUUUUCUAGUUUGGAAAGGCUGCCUCACGGGUCCUCUGCCCACAAUGGACUGCAUAAUAGUAACCAAGCAAUAAGCGAGGGCAUCAAGCAACCUGUCAACUUAAACAUGACAAUGCGGUCACCUUCAAACCAGCCAUGCACCCGAGCCUCCUUAUCUGAUGAGUCGCCUUGGUGUCCCACUCAAUCAAGAUCAAGAAAGAAACGAAAACCGUACACCAAACUACAGCUCGCUGAACUUGAGAAUGAAUUUCUUAUGAACGAGUUUAUUAACAGACAGAAAAGGAAAGAAUUAUCUGAUAGACUGGAUUUAAGCGACCAGCAAGUUAAAAUUUGGUUCCAGAACCGAAGAAUGAAAAAGAAAAGACUAACAAUGCGUGAGCACGCAUUCUCAAUGUACUAAGUUAUUUGCAAAUUGCAAAAUGAGCUCCGGACACUGCACAUAUGAAAUUGAUUUGUAGAAAAGAAGGACACCAUUAAAACCGUCAUAAUCCAUACAGAUUCAACCACAUACAUAUACUGUAACUUUAAAACACUUAUCUGUAACACUUUUCAAUCACGUCACUGCGUUUAUAAUUCUAAAUGUGUUUAGGAUUUAAACACCCUGUGGUUUAACGCUUUUAAAACAUUUGUAUGCGUUUAUAACAGGGCUGGUGUUUAAAAUCUAAACAUUAAACUUAGCAAAAAAGACACACAUUAAACACAUAACGUUUAACAAUUAUUUAGAGUUCCAAAUGACUAAACACCAGUGUUACACCUAACGACGUAUAAACACUGCUGUUUAGGAAUAGUACGUUUCUAUUUUACUAUACACACAUGCAAUUUACAUAUUAAACGCGUCACACGUUCUUUGGUUUUACAUUGAUAAAGACAUCGCUUCACGGUUUCAUACUCACGUUAUAAAUCAAUAAUGUAAAUGAAGAAAACAAAAUAUACCUCGCAGGUGCUGCUAUGCCGCAGUCAUUGUAAUGUUAUAUGUGUCAAUAUUUUGUAAUGUAUUUUUUUCUGCUAUUGAAGUAGAAAAAAAAUAUUAGCAAAAAUGCAAGCAAUGUAAUUUGAAAGUGUUUAAUCAGCAUGC